GAGGCAAAAGUAGACCAUUUUUAAAUAGAUGUACCAUCAAGAUGGCGGACAGCCGUUUAGUUGUCACAAUUUCUGGCGUCGCCCUGUCCCUCCUUCUUUACGAAAAUGCAAGAAGUGUCGGAGAUCAGAUGGGUUUCCUUUUGGGGGAAAUACUCGUGUUCGUUACUAAAAAGUUCACUGACUCCGACAAGCAAGUCGAACAUGUUAGAAUACACAUCGAUAUCGACUCCGUUGUUGCCUGCCCAAUUGUGGACUUGAUACAAGAUUCUACUGGUAAAGUGAAAGAGGAUACACUUAAAGACAUCACCCGUGACAAAAGCAAACGAGUCGUCGGGUGGUUUCGAUUUAGGCAAAAUGCAUCUCUAGUGCCUACGUUAAGGGACCGAAUUUUACAUAAACAAUUUGCGUUACAUUUUUCUAAUGGCAACAACUCUAAUGAGGAACUCUUUGUUGCGUGCUUUCUAAAUUCCUCAGUUUCGAACAAGAAAGGCACGCAUAAAUAUAGGCACGUGUUCCUGCGGCAUAAAAAGGGGGUAUUUGAGCCAAUACCUUUGAAAAUAAAUAAUUUGGGUGCUGAUGCCUCUCGACACGACGGCUCUGAUUACAAACCUAUACCACGGCGAGAAUCAACGCAAGAACCCAAUGCUUUUGACAAAAUCAUUGAAUCGCUUAAACCGGAUAUUUCAAAUAUGUCCGGAGUUGAAUCUGUGACCGCCAUAGAGAGGGCAGCAGAGCGACACCUCGCUUCUUUAAUUCCGCUGGUAAAUGAAACCGACCGUGAAGUUUAUGAACUUGAGAAACAAGUACAAGAGAUGCGAGCUAAAAUACUUGCUCGAAAACAAGUAAGUGCAAAUGAACGCUUGCAAGGGAACAAACCUGAACGUGAAAUUAGCUCGCAAAUGGAACACGAUAAAACAGCAGCGUUCAAAAACCAAAAUGUAUGGAAAACUGAUAUAUUAAAUACGGUAUGCAAAGACAUCACCAAACCAGAGAACGAGUUCUUACUGAAGAAUGAGAUAAUGGUUACCAACAAGACGCGAAACAUAAUGACUGCAAGUGUGAAGAAUAUUAAUCAAGAGAGAGCGAGGACUUUGAACCUGCGAAAAGAUGCACCGAGUAGUACAAGCCAGGACCCUUUCGCAAACAUGAUGUCUGAACUGAAGAUGGAUAUCGAGGAAUCACCUGUGUCCACUCGUACCUAUUCUCAAGUCACAAAAAAAGAACCAGACACCAGUCCCAACCCUUCGGCUUCGUCAAUCGUCUGAUCGAGGGAAACUCAAGGACUUGUCACGUAUGAAUCUUAAUUUCUCUUUACAUGUGCAUAAUUGUAAAGUCCUAUUUUUGUUACUGAUACCAUUUUCUGUUGCUGAUAAGAUAGAAUCCAUUCUGUCACUAUCCAAUCGCUGACUUGGCCAGGCUCUUUCGUAGUGGCUUUAAACGUGUCGACGUUAUUGUACAUAUUUCCUACUCAGUAAUUAUUAAUAAAGAUUUAGAUAAUAUUGAA